AACUAUUCACUCUUACACACAUAUUCAUGCCUCCAGAUUCCACCCCUUCAACAAAAUACCUUACUCCUUCUCAGGUAUCGAACGGGGCACGGGGUUAUUCCGUACCUGGCGUCAGGUAUAUCCAAAUUUCGCCGCUGCUGGGCUCUCGGUGGCAGACGGCAUUACUUUUCCCGCCGUGUCCCGCUGGCGGAGCCAAUAACACCAACCGAUCGUUCAGACUAUGGAGAAUCUCCAGCUUCCUCGGUCUUUCGACCCCGAGUUCCCCUCUGCCCGUAGUUCGCUCUCCACAAACGAUGUCACGCUCGUCAACACCGAGUACGAGGUAGCGGCAUGCCCUGAGUAGCUCGCGCUGCUCGUUUCCAACUAUCCGGAAAGUCAUGCCCCUCGCACUCAUACAGUAUUGCGCUUGCUUCUAGCGUAAUUCCCCGCGCCAUGUGCCUUUACCCCUGGCAAUCUUGCAUCUACUCCUGUCGACUCCGCUCAUUUCAGUCUUCCCAUGGGCCGAACGGUGUCCGAAGCUGCGGAUUGUGGGUUCUACCUUCGUGGAGUUCGGGGCGAAGACAUCCCAUGCUCGGGAAUGACUCGACUUCGUGACACCGAGCACAGCCAAACCCUCGACUGCCAGAUGUCCCGAGAGUCUCGAUUUCCAUUCAACGGUACCGAAAGCGUUGCACGUAGGGUCAUACGACCAUGUGCCUCGCCUCAAAGUUAGGAAGAGCACAUGUCCAGACACUUUCUCCGCAAUCUUUUAUAAAGUACGGCUCGUUCCCCCUCCCCAGAAGUCCUCCAGACCCCUCAGACAAGCCUCCAGACUCUCCUCCAAAGUCUUUUCAGUGUCCUUCUGUCAUUUUAUCUUACAAAAGUCUUCCAGCCGGUACUCAAGAUGGGCAGCAUUCAAGAAGUCUUCGUCGGUUCCAUCGACCAGGGAACGACCAGCUCUCGGUUCUUGAUCUUCAAUAAGCAGGGUGAGCCUGUUGCUUCACACCAGCUGGAAUUCAAGCAGAUCUACCCUCAACCUGGCUGGCACGAACAUGACCCUCUUGAAAUUGUGUCUUCGGUCGAGGAAUGUAUCAACGGAGCCGUCAAGCAGUUCGAGACCCAAGGCCACAACAUAAACAGCAUCAAGGCCGUCGGUAUCACGAAUCAACGUGAAACCACGGUCGUCUGGGACAAGGAGACCGGAGAGCCUCUUUACAACGCCAUCGUUUGGACAGAUACCCGAACCCAGGGCCUAGUCCGAAAGCUGAAGCAACGUCUUGGUGCCGACAAGCUAACCGACAUCUGCGGUCUCCCUCUCUCAACAUAUCCUUCAGUCGGCAAGCUCCUGUGGCUGCUCGAGAACGAGCCCAAGGUCAAGCAAGCCUACGACAGGGGAACUUUGGCCUUUGGCACGAUCGAUGCAUGGUUGGUCUUUAAGCUUAAUGGUGGUAUCAAGAAAAACGUCUUCGUCUCCGACCCGUCCAACGCCAGCAGAACCAUGUUCAUGAACAUCAAGACCCUCAAGUACGACGAAUCCCUGAUCGACUUCUUCCGAAUCGACCGAACGAAGGUCCACUUCCCCAAGAUCGUCCACUCCUCCGACUCGUCAGCAUACGGCUCUCUUGCCUCGACGGUCCUGAAAGGUGUUCCCAUCACAGGUUGCCUGGGCGACCAGUCAGCUGCCCUUGUCGGCCAAAAGGGCUUCACCCCGGGUUUGGGCAAAAACACCUACGGAACCGGCAGUUUCAUCUUGUACAACGUCGGCGACAAGCCCGUCAUCUCGACCCACGGCCUCCUGACGACCGUGGCGUUCGAUUUCGGCGGCACCAGCAAGCCCAUGUACGCCUUGGAAGGUUCGAUUGCCGUCGCGGGAUCCAGCGUCAAGUUCCUGGUCGACAAUUUCGGCUUCAUUGAGUCCUCGAGCAAGAUCAGCCAACUUGCCGAGACCGUCGACGACAACGGCGGCGUCACCUUUGUCACGGCCUUCAGCGGCCUGUUCGCUCCUUACUGGAUCGACGACGCCCGGGGCACCAUCUUCGGCAUCACCGCGUACACCAACCGUGGCCACAUUGCCCGCGCAACUCUCGAAGCCACCUGCUUCCAGACCAAGGCCAUCCUGGUCGCCAUGGAGAAGGACUCGGGCCACAAGUUGACCGAGCUCGCCGUCGACGGUGGAAUGUGCAACUCGGACCUCUGCAUGCAGACCCAAUCCGACCUGAUCAGCAUCCCUGUAGUGAGACCCGCCAUGCGCGAAACCACCGCCCUGGGCGCGGCCAUCGCUGCCGGUCUUGCGGUCGGCGUCUGGGACGGCAUCGACGAGCUCAAGGCUGUCAACAUGGAGGGAAGCACGACCUUCAAGCCAGCCAUCUCAAAGGAGGAGAGCUCCACCCGCUUCGCCCGGUGGGAGAAGGCUGUGGAGAUGAGCAAGGGUUGGGCUCAAUGAGCAACUUGCACUUGCAGCUUUCAGCUUGCAGUCUCGAUUGGGGGCACUUGAUUUUAAGCGUUUGGCGUUUACACUGGGAACAAAAAUUCGUUCAUGUGUGCUGGGAACAGGGAAGGACUUGGCUUGGAGGAGAGUCUGAUAUUUCUCCAUAAAGAAAGCUAUGAGAACUGACAUACCCAAUGUAUCUUUUGGAAGUUCGAAUAUUCUUCUCCCCUCACAUCAAAAAG